ACCAGCCAAACUUUAAGCUCAGUCUAUAAAUACCAACUUGAGGUCUCUCAUUUCCCUCACCCCAAAACCUCUCUACAAGCCAAUUAAUCAAUCCUUGAUACUUUAUUUCUCUUCUUCCUUCACUCAAAUUUCAAUAUCAUGGGUGUUAUCAGUUAUGAUAUGGAGGUUACCUCUUCAAUCCCGGCAGCCAAGAUGUUCAAGGCUUUUGUCCUUGACGCUGACAACCUCAUUCCCAAGAUCUUGCCACAAGCAAUUAAGAGUGUUGAAAUUAUCCAAGGUGAUGGAGGAGUCGGGACUGUGAAGGUCAUCUCUUUUGGCGAAGGCAGCCAAUUCAAUAGCGUCAAACACCAAGUUGAUGGGCUUGACAAAGAGAACUUUGUCUAUAGUUAUAGCAUCAUCGAAGGUGAUGCCCUGAUGGGUGUACUUGAAAAAAUCUCUUACGAGAUCAAGAUCGAAGCUUCGUCUGAUGGAGGAUCGGUAUGCAAGAACAGUAGCAAAUACCACACCAAAGGUGAAGUUGGGAUCACAGAGGACCAAAUCAAGGGUGGCAAAGAAAAGGCUUUGGGAAUGUUCAAGGCUGUUGAGGCAUAUCUCUUGGCAAAUCCUGAUGCCUACAACUAAAUACAACUUAAUCUGUGUACUGAGAUAUACGGUUUCAUGGGCGUGCCUUUGUAUUGUUACUUAUAGGUGUGGUUUUCUAUUAGUUGUGGCUUACAAAAACUGCCUUCGGCUUUAAAUAAGGGGAAUAAACUCCAUUAAGAUUGCUAUCAAGAAGUUGUUUGUACUAUUUUAUAAGAUUGAAAAAUUCAUGUUUUUCGAGA